AUUUCAUGUUUGAACUUAGAAGUCUUCGAUGCCAAACCUGGCUGUUAUUUUUUUUUUACCCUUGUACAAAGGAUUUGACUUAAGUUUUUUUUUUACAGGUCACAUCUACUUGCAAAAGAUUUGUGCAGUGAUGUAAAGUGAAUAACGUUAUCCACAUCUCUCAGAUCUGAGCGGUUUCCUUUCUGUCAAGUUUGGAAUCUUCUGUACACCAUGUCUUUGUUUACAUACUCUGAGGCGGCACAAAUCAGUCUUCGCACGGCGUUUUCGCUGAUCGUGGCAGUCAACCUCGUUGGCAAUUCAUCGGUCUGCUUGGUGGUCUGGCGAAACAGACGGAUGAGAACUGCCAUGAACUUCUUGCUUAUCAACCUUGCCUGUGCUGACAUGAUGGUGGCCGUCUUUUUAGCACCACAAUAUAUAUUCCUCCAUACGUUUAACCAUCCGAAUGGCCUCACUGGAGAGUACUUAUGCAAACUAUGCACUGGUGGGAACCUUAUGUGGACAGGGGGAGUGGUGUCGGUUGUAUCGUUAAUUGGAGUUGCGUUUGAAAGGUACUUUGCGGUGCUGUAUCCCCAUGACGAGAACCGUCGUAUUUCGAAAAAAAAACUCAAAUUAAUCAUCCCAGCUUGUUGGUUAUUUUCCAUCUGCUGGAAUCUUCCCUUGUUUCUGCUCGUUAAAUACGACGCGAGUUUAGAUUUCUGCUACGAGGACUGGCCCCCUGGUUGGUACAUGAAUGCUUACAGCUUGGGAUGGCUCAUCAUGAUUGGUAUUGUGCCGGUUACCAUCAUGUCCGUUCUGUACAGCCGAGUUGUUUAUCAGCUUUGGGUGAGAAAAUCACAGCCUGUGGACCUCCCUCAGCUUGCAGUGGUCAGAUCACGCAAGCGUGUCACGAAAAUGGUGUUAUCCGUGACAGUUGUGUGCGCUGUAUGCUGGCUUCCAAACCUCAUUGCCUACGUUCUUGAUUUCUACGGUUUGAAUUCUCACGGUGAUGUAGUACACACGACGACAGUGGUUCUGGUUUCGUUAAACUCGGCUGCCAAUCCAAUUAUCUACUGUUUUCAGAGCAAAGAUUUCAGAAGGCAUAUUAAGGCCCUGUGGCUUUCUCCUCGCUCGAUGCGAUCAGGUGCAACAGUAGGAACUCCAAAAGACACUGCUGCUCUACCUGUAAAUAGGUCGCGAGCGACGCAAUCAUUUGUAAAUUGACUUUACUUACAAAAUCGUAAUAAGUUUGCCAGCAACUUAUCAUUCCAGGUUUUGAAGUCCGGGUUAAUUUCACAUUCAUAUUCUGACUUUAUACCUGAUCAGUUCGUUCCAUAAAGCACAUUCUUGGAAGUUCUACAUGACCUGGCUAAGGGUGCUCAUUACUAGUCGUGCCAAGCCAACAAGCCCGUUUAAGGCUUA